GUUCCACCCUUAAAUCCUCUGUUUCCCGGCCGCAGUAGCUGGCAUGAAAUGUCUGUUACUGCCGACUCAAUCGUCCAGAUCCCAGGAUACGAUACGAGCGAUUCGCCUCCCGUACUUACGCUCCGAGGUUAAUGGACUCAAGGAUGCAAAAAGCCGGAAGACCAAAACGGCCGAGAGCACUUCAGGCAUGCGAAGUGUGCCGUACCAGAAAAAACCGCUGCAGCGAAGACCGACCAUGCACUUAUUGUGUUGGUAAGCUCUGUAAGGUAUCUGCACCACUUCAUGUGGCUUACUCAAUCGAGCAGAGCAUGAUCUGGAGUGCACUUAUUCGCGCAGUCACCGUGACAAGAGACCGAGACCACAGCAAGUGCUCUUUCCUCGAGCUAUAUGCCCUACUGAUCUUCCUGCAAAGGCCAGAUUCACAGAACGAACAACAAAUCACGAGCAUAGAUACUCCACGCCUUGCUCAACGGCUCAUAGCGGGCAUAGCUGAGGGCGGCAUUGAGUCCUGGCCCAAUAACGUCAACCAAUCGAUAACCUACCACGGACGCACUUUUCAGCAACCACAGGGCAUCGUCGCUGGUCCAGAUAAGCAGCAAGAUGCGGCAUGCGCCCCAGCUGCCGCGGAUGAGAACAGCUGUAGCCCAUCGACGAUCACAUCUCGUAAGGCCGCGUCUGACGUGAUCGACACCAAUCUACACACAAGUAACCUGGAAUUCUAUGGGUCGUCCUCAUCUGUCGCAUUUAUCCGCCACCUGGAAACUUUGUCGAAUCGUCAAGCCACGGGUCCUGCCGGUGAAGAACCCGAACGAUCACUGGCUUCACUUUUGCACAACACCGAUUUCCAGCCCAACACUUCCCAGAGUACGCCUGCAACACAAGAAGCAGUCCCAAAUCCCGACCGCUUCCAAUUCCGCGUGGCAAGGCGAUUCCUGGACGCCUACUUCUCCAAUAUUCAUCAUAUCCAGCCUUUGUUUGAAGAAGAUGAGUUCCUCGCUCGUUGCGAAGAUUUGUGGUUCAACAAACCAGCGAAACAACCGUUGUCCUUUGUCGCUCUUUACUAUGCCACGUUGAGCCUAGGCAGCCUCGUCAUGACCUUCGAAGACCCGAAGUUGUUUGGAGCAGAUCGGUUUACAUGGAGUCGCAAAUUGUUCAAUGAGGCUUCUGCUAUACUGACACGACUCGGCAUAGCAACGGACGUGGAGAUGGUCCAGUGUUUCUACAUGAUGAGCAAAAUAUGUCAGCACGAGCUUAAUCCUCACGUCGCAUACUUAUAUUCCGGCCAAGCCGCAAGGACCUCAUUGGCAAUCGGUCUCAAUCGAAUACCCAUCAGUCCAGAUUCAGCUGACCCAAAGGCUUCAGCGGCAGCAUCAAAAACGUGGUGGGCUGUUUACUGCCUUGAUAUACAGACCAGCUUCGCCCUGGGAAGGCCUGACAGCCUUGGUCCAGACCAAUACCAUACACAGUGUCUUCCUACGGCAAUUUCAGGGGAGUCAGUCUCGAGCCCUCAUGUCUUACAGAUUGUUCCGUGCAUGGUUGACCUGUCACGGAUCAUGCGGAAAGUGGCCCUCGAUUUGUACACCGUGCCGUACGAAAUGGAACAAAAGCUCCACCGAGCAAACGCGCUCGACGCUGACCUGGAGUAUUGGCUGGAACAAGUUCCCCUGUAUCUUCGAUCCGAGCAACAAAGUCGCUCUAAUCAUCCCUUGAAACCAAAUCGCUCCGCCAGCUAUAUCAAAAAACAAUCAGUCGUGCUACGACUUCGCUACCUCAACCUUCGCAUGAUAAUCCAUGCCGUCUUUAUGACUCAUACGGAAAUCAGGCCAGACGAGGCCAGGUUGAUUCGAGACCGGCAGUGCCGGUGUCUGCAGACUGCAGAAAGUACGAUUGACUUAAUAUAUGAAACAUUUCGGACCGAUGAGUUCUUCCAGACAUGGUGGUAUAACUCAACGUAUACCUUGUUUGCCGUCAGCAUACUGCUCGCCGCGAUCUUUCACCAGCUUGCGAGAACCCAACAAGCACUCGAGAAACUCUUUGCCCACAUUGACCGUGCGAUCGUAGUACUCCAAGCCAUGGAUGAGUGUCUGGUUGCCAGAAAUGCUACUGCCAUCAUCAAGCGGACACUCGCUCGAGCUAGAAAAGUACCCCAGCCGGCCUUGGAUGGACGGCAGCCCUCGGCGUCCCACAUUGCAGACCUGAGUGGCGCCCUGCAUCCUGCCAUCGAUUUGGAACAGCAAAGAGAACUGGACAACCUUGAUAGCCUGUUACAGCCUCAGGGGAUGGUCAAUGAUGUAGCUGAGACUAUGGACGACCUUGACUGGCUCAACGCAUAUCCUGUCGAUGACGGCCAGCAGUCUUUGUUCUGGACAGAGUGGGCUCAUGAGCUUAACACUCUUGGCACCUAGCUUGGGACGGAAGGAGUAUAGCAUUCGCUACAUAUUCUCAGACUUAUUUAUUUCCAGGGCAUGCCCACUCUGCCUGGCGAACACCUUGUCCUCCUGUUGCUUGCGCCACUAUCAAGCUGUGGCUUAAUGCUGCCUAUUUCCUACUUCGCUGAGCCCCCAGAUGCUAGAGAAAGCACUAUCGAGGAUGGAUAUUCGGGCCCCGAGUGGACGACAUGCUUCCCGCGGUUGAGGUUUGUUGGGACGCGAUCCAAUGCAGGAAAUUCUGGCAGUGUCACCUCGUGUCCUUUUAUCUCCAGCCGGAUGGACUCCCCGCGUUCGAAAAUGAUGCCAGACGGCCAUAAUGGGAUGUCAAGGCAAACGGUCUGACCCGGCGGAAUCUUUUCCUCUACUUCGUGAGAAUGCCAGGCCAAAGCAGGAGCAAGCAUCGAGCUUUGCUCCUUGGACAGGGUCGGAUCAGCGCUCAGCCGCCGGUGGGAAGCUCGAAGUCUGCCAUUG